AAAAUACUCAUUUUUAGCCCUUUUUUCGCCGUUUUUUGCCUUAAAAAUGGCACUAACAGAUAGGAUUUGUUUGUUUUAUAGGACCUUCAAAAAAACCGCAUCAAAAUCGGCUGAUUUUUCGAGAUUUAAGCUUAUACAGACAAAUGGUGUAAAUGUUAUUUCUAAGGAUACCGGCGGGUUUAACACCUCAUUAUCAGUUAUUAUUCGUUCUGGGAGUCGUUAUGAACCUGUAUUUGGGCUUUCUCACCUUUUAGAACGGUUUGCAUUCAAGAGUACAAAGCGUAGAUCGUCCUUGAGAAUUGUUAGGGAGACGGAAUUGCUUGGAGGAGGCUUUUUUUCCGGGCGUUCUCGUGAAAUUUUGACACUUUCAGCACAAUUUCUUCGAGAUGAUCUUCCAUAUUUUGUGGAGUUAUUAGCAGAAGUAUUAAUAAAAACGAAGUAUAAUGAAUUUGAGUUUAAUGAGGCGGUAUUACCAUAUGCUUUAUCGGAGAACAAAAGAUGUUAUAAUAAGCCGGGAAUACUUGGACAAGAUAUUAUACAUGAGGUGGCAUUUCGUAGGGGACUUGGUAAUCCUAUUUAUACUAAUGAAAGAAAUAAUGUUACUGUUGAAAUGAUUGGGGAUUAUGCAAAGAAGUCAUAUGUUAAGAAUAAUCUUGUUGUUAUGGCGACGAAUGCAGAUGAAUCGAAGCUAGAAGGGCUUCUAACAGAGCACUUUAGUGAUCUUCCUGUUGGUGAACCAGCAACGUCUCCAAAAACAGUUUAUUAUGGGGGUGAAAAUAGAAUAGGUUUUAAAUCUAGUAUGAGCCACUUUUUAAUUUCGUUUUCUCGACCAGCAGCGUUUAUGCCAUCAUCAGAAGAAUACAUUUUAUUGAGCUAUUUACUUGGUACAGGAUCUAGAGUUAAAUGGUCGUAUGAGAAUUCACCUUUUGGUAUAAUUGAAAAAAAUCUUUCAAAUGGUACUAAAUUGAUGUCAAAUAAUUUUGUAUAUUCUGAUGCAGGAUUAUUUUGUAUUCAUAUUUAUGGACCAGUUGAAACACUUCAGAUUGCUGUUAAGUCUUCUAUUGAAGCAUUGAAAACUUUAGCUGAAAAAAUUGAUAACAAUGAUAUAAAAAGGGCUAUUUCUCAGACAAAAUAUUCUUUGUUUGAUGUGGAUGCUAAUCCGAUAAAAGUACAUGAAGAAUUAGGAUCGUAUUAUCUUAGUUCUGGUUCUCUUUUUGAUCAAGAGUCUUUUGCUUCUCGUAUAGAGAAAAUUACAGCUACUGAAAUUAAAUCAACUAUAUCUAAAAUGCUUGAAACAAAGCCAAGUGUUGCUGUAGUUGGAGAUACAAAUGCGUUACCAUAUUAUGAUGAGUUAUAAAAAUUAUAUAACAAUAAUCUACAUUAUAUCAUUUGAACAUAGUUAA